AUGUCGGCGCCCAAGUGUCGCGCGUCCAAAUGUGUGGAAGCAUCUGACUCUUCUUAUUCGAGCUCAGACAGUGACGACAAUGACGAGGAAGACUCGUCAGUCGAAAUCAUUGAAUCGAACAAUGUACAUAGACCAUUGGCUGCUGAAACCAUUGUUAAAAUCGAUAAUGACGAAGCUGACUUCUUCACUAUAAUACCCACAAUAAAAGAAACAACUGACGUAUUGGAGAAAUCAUCUCGUCAGGAUCGUGCUAAAGAAAGGGUUCGUAAUAUUUUUAAACGGUUUCACACAAAGAAAAGAAAAACACCUAAAGUCAAAAAUCCGAAUAACGAUUGGCAGCAAGAAUUAGCUCAAUCAUUAUCAUCAAUGCAGGCGGAAUUGAAUAAUAUACUAACUGGCCUAGACGAACUAGAUACAAACGCGACAUUAGUAACAGAUAUGACACAAGAUUCGAGUAACCCAGUUAAUGGACAACAGGCAUUUCAGGAGCGUCAACUAGCUAAACUGGAACUGAUGCGUGUGCAGUAUAUGAUUAAUCCACCCUCUUUAUUAACAUUUCAACAAAAAUCUUCGCCAUAUCCUUACAUGGAUAUACGCGAACCAACGUUCGGUCGUCUCACCCACUCGCACACAAUAAUGGGUCUUGAGCAACAUGGACUUAUUCAACAUAAACCAUCUAGAUCCUUAAAACGUCGUUCACAGAGAAGCAUAGAUAAGCUUAGGACGGAAAUUCAUAAUUUAUAUGAAGAUUUUCAUGGUAGAACAAAAAAUCGUGAGGAAAUAUCAUCUGUUCUCGUUCAAAAUUAUCGAUUAAAUUUAGAAAAAACAUUAAAGGAGUUUCGAGAAGAAAUGAACGAAUAUCAUUAUCAGAAUGCGGAUGAACUCAUGAAUAAUAAGAAUAUUAAAAUAGACAACAAAAGUAUCUCGCAGAUUCACGCUGAUUUAUCAAAGAAAAAUAAAGAAAAAAUAAUCAUGGAAGACUAUCGGAAUAAACUAAGAUCAAUGAAUGGUACCUUUGAGUCAAAACAUGAAUUUAUUACUCAACCAUUUAUACCCUCAAAAGUGCGUACAGAACUUCGAAAAACGCCUGUUACUGAUGAUAUUGCAUAUUUUAAAGUGGAAGAUCUACACGAUUCAUUUCGUCGUUUAUCCAUCGAAGCCAGAGAAUGGUUCGAUACAGAUCCAACAUGGAAGGGAUAUGAAUAUGAAUCGUUUAAGGAUAAAUCUGAUGAGAAUAUUCCAGAAAUACAGCUGACUGAUGCAAGAACCAAGGAGAAAGACAUAACGGAUGAUGAAACUCGAAAUAAACUACUGGUGGAUAAUAUUUCUAAUUUAGCAACAAAUCUGUCUCAAACUAUUGUCAAUGAUGCCAUUAAAGAAGUGAGCAAUAUAACUUCGAUAGAACAAGAAUCAAACUCAGUCAAAUUUGAUAGGCGCCCAAGCUUCUCCAAUCAAUUGUUUAGUGCAUUAAGUGUCUUAAAGAAAAAUGAUGAAGAAGCGAUAGUGAGUGAUGACGACGAUGAGGAAUUUCUCGAUAUUGAUAAUGAUCAAUUCCAAUCUAUGCCUCCCUAA